CUCUCGUCCCAUCAAAGAAUUCAUACAGGGGAGAAAUCAUAUCAGUGUGUGGAAUGUGGAAAGAGCUUCAGGAAAAAGGACAAGCUCACUUCCCAUCAAAGAAUUCAUACAGGGGAGAAACCCUAUCAGUGUGUGGAAUGUGGAAAGAGCUUCAGGAAAAAGGACAAGCUCACUUCCCAUCAAAGAAUUCAUACAGGGGAGAAACCCUAUCAGUGUGUGGAAUGUGGAAAGAGCUUCAGUCAGAGCUCCUCUCUCACUUCCCAUCAAAGAAUUCAUACAGGGGAGAAACCCUAUCAGUGUGUGGAAUGUGGAAAGAGCUUCAGGACAAAGGACAAGCUCACUUCCCAUCAAAAAAUUCAUACAGGGGAGAAACCCUAUCAGUGUGUGGAAUGUGGAAAGAGCUUCAGUCAGAGCUCCUCUCUCACUUGCCAUCAAAGAAUUCAUACAGGGGAGAAACCCUAUCAGUGUGUGGAAUGUGGAAAGAACUUCAGGAAUAGCAGCGAUCUCACUUCCCAUCAGAGAAUUCACACAGGGGAGAAACGCUAUCAGUGUGUGGAAUGUGGAAAGAGCUUCUAUUAUGCCUCCCAUCUCACUUCCCAUCAGAGAAUUCAUACAGGGGAGAAACCCUAUCAGUGUGUGGAAUGUGGAAAGAACUUCAGUUUGAGCUCUUCUCUCACUUCCCAUCAAAGUAUUCAUACAGGGGAGAAACCCUAUCAGUGUGUGGAAUGUGGAAAGAGCUUCAGGAUAAAGGACAACCUCACUUCCCAUCAAAGAAUUCAUACAGGGGAGAAACCCUAUCAGUGUGUGGAAUGUGGAAAGAGCUUCAGUCAGAGCUCCUCUCUCACUUCCCAUCAAAGAAUUCAUACAGGGGAGAAACCCUAUCAGUGUGUGGAAUGUGGAAAGAGCUUCAGGAAAAAGGACAAGCUCACUUCCCAUCAAAAAAUUCAUACAGGGGAGAAACCCUAUCAAUGCAUGGAAUGUGGAAAGAGCUUCAGUCAGAGCUCCUCUCUCACUAAGCAUCAGAGAAUUCAUACAGGGGAGAAACCUUAUCAGUGUGUGGAAUGUGGAAAGAGCUUCAGUCAGAGCUCCUCUCUCACUAAGCAUCAGAGAAUUCAUACAGGGGAGAAACCAUAUCAAUGUGUGGAAUGUGGAAAGCGCUUCCGUUUCAGCACCGAUCUCACUUCACAUCAGAGAAUUCAUACAGGGGAGAAACCCUACCAGUGUUUGGAAUGUGGAAAGACCUUCAGUCAGAGUUCCUCUCUCACUAAGCCUCAGAGAAUUCAUACAGGGGAGAAACCAUAUCAAUGUGUGGAAUUUGGAAAGAGCUUCCGUUUGAGCACCGAUCUCACUUCACAUCAAAGAAUUCAUACAGGGGAGAAACCCUAUCAGUGUUUGGAAUGUGGAAAGAGCUUCAGUCAGAGCUCCAAUCUCACUUUCCAUCAAAGAAUUCAUACAGGGGAGAAACCCCAUCAGUGUUUGGAAUGUGGAAAGAACUUCAGUUUGAGGUCUUCUCUCAUUUCCCAUCAAAUUCAUACAGGGGAGAAACCAUAUCAGUGUGUGGAAUGUGGAAAGAGCUUCAGUCAGAGCUCCAAUAUCACUUUCCAUCAAAGAAUUCAUACAGGGGAGAAACCAUAUCAGUGUGUGGAAUGUGGAAAGAGCUUCAGUCAGAACUCGAAACUCACAUCCCAUCAAAGAAUCCAUACACGGGAGAAACCCUAUUAGUGCGUGGAAUGUGGAAAGAGCUUCAGUGAUAGCUCCUCUCUCACCUACCAUCAAAUAAUUCAUACAGGGGAGAAACCCUUCAAGUGCUUCUAAUGUGCAAAGAGCUUCAGUCAGAACUCCAAACUCACUUCCCAUCAAAGAAUCCAUGCAGGGGAGAAACCCUAUCAGUGCAUGGAAUGUGGAAAGAGCUUCAGUGAUAGCUCCUCUAUCACCUGCCAUCAAAGAAUUCAUACAGGGCAGAAACCCUAUCAUUGUGUGCAAUGUGGAAAGAACUUCAGGAAAAACUCCAUUCUCACUUCCCAUCAAAGAAUU